CCAACAACAGAAGCGCCUAGACUCCUUCAGGCGGCGGCUCAUUUCUGCAUCCUGCCUCCUCUCAGCCCGGCGGUGGCCUCCCGCUUUUCUUCCUCAUCGGUCCUCCUCCUUGCGAGCAGCUUCCUCCGUGGCUCAGCGACGAGCUGGCGAGACUUUUCCGGACUUGGACGCCCGGUUCGACGAGGGCCCCCUCCCCGGCCGCCGCCGUCUCCGCCCUGCCUCCCAGCGAAGGGAUACGGGGUGAGUGCGAUUAGCAUGGGGAGCAGGAGCGGAGGCGCGGCGGCCCGGAUGGACCCCGAGGCGGCGACGGAGCUUGUCCGGAAGGGCGGCACCCUCCUCCUCCUCGACGUGCCCCAGCACACCGUCUUCGGCAUCGACACGCAGGUGUUCUCGGUCGGGCCCAAGUUCAAAGGGAUCAAAAUGGUGCCUCCAGGCCCGCAUUUCGUCUACUACUGCUCCCCCAGCAGGCAUGGGAAUGAGUUCGCACCUACAGUUGGAUUCUUUCUUACUACCCACACAUCUGAGGUGAUCGUUCGAAAAUGGCAUGCACAAGAGGAGAGAUUAGUGACACUAUCAGAAGAGGAGGAAAUCAGAUACUCUGAAGCAGUAAAACGUUUCGAGUUUGAUGAUCAGCUUGGACCAUACAAUUUGGAUUCUUUUGGAGAUUGGAAACAACUUUCAAGCUACUUGUCGCCAAGUGUCAUUGAACGCAUUGAGCCAAUUGGAGGAGAAAUUACAAUUGCAUAUGAGACAUCAUGGAUGGAUAGAGCUCCCCAAACAGAUAUGGAGAAACGAUUGAUGGAACAACUCAGAGAAGACAAGUUUGCACAGAAUGUGUCCAUGCAGUCUGAGCGGAGAGGAUGCUACUACACGACUAUCCCUGCUUCGGUUAAGCACAAGGACAUCUCUGCAGAUGAGCUGACAUUGAUGAAUUUGGACAGAACGAGCUUGCUGGAGAGUGUUUUGGCGAAAAGUUACCAAGGCCAAGAAGAUUUACUCUUGGGGGAGCUGCAGUUUUCUUUCAUCACAUUUAUGAUGGGGCAGUCAUUGGAGGCAUUUAUGCAAUGGAAAGCAUUAAUCAGUCUUCUUUUAAGCUGUAGUGAAGCUCCCCUUCACACAAGGACAAACAUGUUUGUAAAGUUUAUUAGGGUUAUUUACUAUCAAUUCAAGCAUGGCUUUCUACGUACACAUGAGUCCAGAAGUAUUGAGGACAAGGGCAACUCUUUGUUUCUGGAUGAAGCAUGGUUUUCAAGAGACAUAUUUCUGUACCGUCUUUCCAAGGAUUUCUUGUCAGUAAUACUUGAAGCUCCAGUUGUGGAUGGAGACCUUCUGUCACGGGCUAGAGAACUAAAAACGCUUCUAGAGACCACAUUCGGAUGGGAUCUUGAGAACAAUGCAGCAAACCUUAUCGAUGAAGAUGAUGAGUUUGCUCCUGUGGUUGUUGAAAUGGAUGGGUCGUAACGUACCGUGGGCACGGUAAAGAAUUUUUCGAGGUUAUGACAAGACACAGGAUGUUUGCAGCUGCUCACAAAGGUUUACUACUGCUUCAGUAGGAUGCCAUGCCAAGGAAGGACACGUUUACCCUUACCAGCUGGCUACUUGUUUGAAGAUGGAUAAGUAGGAUGAUAUCUCAAGAUGGAUACUUGCUUUACAUUAUUCUACUUGCUCAAAUGUUGGUUGUAAAAUAUAAAAAGAGCUCAGGCCUCCAGCCUCCUUGCUGUAUCGUUAAAAGGAUGUCUCGUUACUCGGUAGGAACACUAUGUAUUUGAGCCUUGCGUUCGACACUGAUUAUAACUACGAAACGAUGACUAGCUAGCCUUAAUCUACUCUGAGAUUUGUGAAUAUAAAACAAUCUUCUAUGAAAUUUGUGAAUCCAGUGCACUUGUGACU